CUGCCUAGGUGAUCCAUUUUGAAUUCCGCGGAGCGAUGGCGCAGAUCGGUAUUGUUGGUGCGACCGGUGCCGUGGGCAAGGAGAUCUUGAGCGUGUUGUUCGACCGGAAAUUCGCUCUUGGCAGCGUGCACUUGUUUGCGUCGGAGCGAUCGGCCGGAAAGACUGUCGAGACGCCGUAUGGUCCGUUGACCGUCAAGUUGUUCUCUGUGGACGCGGCGCGGGUAAUGGACUACGUGUUCCUUGCAGUGUCGGGCUCGUUUGCAUUGGAACAUGCCGAGGCGAUUGCCGCGCCAGGCGGGGCGAUUGUCAUCGACAACUCGUCUGCGUUCCGUAUGGAAGCGCAUGUCCCGCUCGUGAUUCCUGAAAUCAACGGCGAUACGAUUGGAUCACGUCGAUUGAUUGCUAACCCGAACUGCACGACGGCAGUCGCGGCCAUGGCGUUGUGGCCGCUUCAUUGCCAUUUCAAGAUUGAAAAGAUGAUUGUGAGCACGUACCAAGCAGCCAGCGGCGCAGGCAUCGAAGGCAUGACCGAGCUGAUCGAGUCGACAAAGGCAUCGCUGAACGGCGCGGCGCCGUCGAACGCGGUGUUUGCCCACCCGUUGGCGUUCAACGUGAUUCCCCACAUCGAUGCGUUUCAGCCCAACGGGUAUACGAAGGAAGAGAUGAAAGUAACGUGGGAAACAAACAAGAUCUUUGGCGAGUCAACCAUGAAGAUCAGCUGCACGGCCGUGCGCAUUCCGAUCCUUCGCGCGCACUCGGAGGCCAUUACGAUUCAAACGGCGCGCCCCAUCACCGCCGACGCCGCGCGGGAACUGCUGCGCCAAGCCGAUGGCGUCGACCUUGUCGACGACCCGGCCAACAAAGUGUACCCCAUGCCUCUGAACGCGACUGCCAAGUACAACGUCGAAGUCGGCCGCAUCCGCCAAAGCGUUGUGUUUGACGACCAUGGGCUCGAUCUGUUUGUGUCGGGCGACCAAUUGCUCCGAGGAGCAGCGCUCAACGCGGUGCUCAUCGCAGAAUACAUCGCCAAGCCUUACCCGUCCAAGUUUACCAAGCAGUAAAACGACGUUGAAACACGCGCUCGUUGAUAGAUUUCCA